CCAAGUAUGUCGCUGACCGCGACCGACCCUCUUGAGAGUCUGGAAGACUACGAAGACCUCACUUCGUGGAUAAACGAUGUUCUCACUCCCUCGAGCAACGAGGACAGUACCCAAGGUUCUGUCGAGAACCUCUCGCACCUGGACCAACAAAUCGUGCACCUCAUUGCUUCUUUAGACAUCGCUUGCGAGGACACAUCAACAUUACUCGAACGAAUAAUCGACGAUGUUUCGCGUGGAGUGCCCCGUCUGACCUAUGACCUUCAUUUCAUUAAGGAUGGCACGCUUUCGCUGCAGACAGCGUUGAAUUUUGUGCGCGAAAACUCCAGGGACACUAUUCCAAAGGCAACCAACGAUGCAUUGGAAGAGUUAAAGCGUCUGGACACGAUCAAAGGUCAUAUGGAAGCAGCUAGAGAGGUCUUAAGGGAAGCAGAGAGCUGGAGCACGUUGGAGAUGGAGGUUGCCUCCUUGUUGACGGUGCAAAACUACGCCAAAGCUGCAUCGAGGUUGUCUGAAGCCAACAGAAGCAUGGUUGUCUUUCAAAACACUCCAGAAUAUGAUCCUCGUAGGAACUUGCUGAUCAACUUACAGAAUCAGUUAGAAGCAUCCCUUAGUUCUGCGUUGGUCGCUGCAAUCAACGAACAGGACCUGAAUACUUGCCGAAACUAUUUCUCGAUAUUCUCAAACAUCCAACGAGAGCAAGAGUUCAGGAAUUAUUACAACGGUUCCCGAAAAGCUUCUCUUGUUACUUUAUGGAAAGAGGCAAGUCUUGUGGAUUGUGACACUCCAGACGUCUCGAGUGCACAACGACAAACAUUCAGCGAAUUUCUUACCAAAUUCUACACGGCGAUGCUCUCUCUUCUCAACCAAGAGCGAAACUCCAUACCUGCUAUAUUCCCCGACCCAGAGUUAUCUUUAUCCUCACUCAUAUCCUCCACUUUCGCUUCGCUUCACCCUACCUUCCCUCAGCGAUUAGGGUCACUAUUCACGCAUUACGGUGAUUCCGCUUUCAUAGAACUCAUCAAAAUCUUCCAUCAGACAGAGGAAUUUGCAGGCAGUGUAGACAAAACCAUGCAGAAAAUGACAUUCACUGCCGCAUCCCCUGCAUCGGAGGGAGUUCAUGAUACAUCACAGCAGACCCCUGUCGGCCCAUCACAUCCCGGACACAGUAGGAGACGUUCUAUGAGAAUGUCAGUAUCGUUACGCUCCGGUUCAAACAGAUCUUCAUCUGGAAUGAUCCCGAAAAUCUCUAAAACUGCAGACGCUUUGGAGUGGGAACAGGAACUAUUCCAACCAUUUCUCGAAUUCCAAGUGGAUUAUGGCACACUUGAACGUCGCUUUUUAGACGAUAGUCUACGUGGGAUCAUAUCCAGUGACGCUUCCGAUAGGUCGUCUACUCAUGAUCAAGCUCGGAUGAUCAAAGAACGAGCCAUCGACAUCUUUAGCGCAGCAGAGCAGAGCCUUACAAGAUAUACCGCCUUCACUCAUGGCUACGGUGCCCUAGGCUUGGUACAGGCACUUGAUGGGUUCUUGAAGUCGUUUGUGGAUAUGUGGACAGCCGACGUUAGCUAUUCUUCGACAUCGGAAAGGUCGAUGCACACUUCGGGAGAUCUGUCAGGGCUUGACUACACUGCAGAGGAUUGGAUGAAGUUUCAGACUACGUUGCACCUCUUAGGGUCGGCAAGAAAUAUAUUCGAGAGGAUGAUGUCGUUUGAGGUAAGACUGCGCUCGGAAUUGUCUCAAACGGCCGUGAAAUUCAAACUCUACCACGGAGAUCCGACGAGUUUCCCAAUGACUCCGUGUAAAGGAGUUGGUCAGUUGCUUGAUCAAUCGACACUCAAUUCGGUUGAGCUUCAUGCACUGUUAGAGAGGUUUGACAGUGAUGUCCGUCACAUUGGAGAACCGUUGUUAUUGACCGAAGCUCGGUCAGCCGUGUUUGAAUUCGCGAGGGCAUGCCAAAUAUCUUUGGAAACCACGAUCGGGUCUCCGCUCCGGAAGUCUCUCGACUCAUAUGCCUCGUCGUCUUGGAUGAUUCAAUCAGACGCAAAACCCAAAACCUCUAACGAGCUCAAAGUUCCGACCUUCUCCCUGUCUCCGAGUGACGUGAUAUUGCGGGUCACGGAAGGCCUUCUCAACCUUCCCCAAGUUUUUGAACUUCACGGCGACGACGACGCUUUAGCAUUCUCGCUACAUACAUUGCCCAAUGUCGAUCCAGAGAUUUUAAAGAGCAUUCCCGAACAAUCCACAACUAUCCCAGAGGUCGUACCUCAAACCACUCAUCCUCGUCGUCAGUCCUUUAUCGCACCAAACAUUAAACCUCUACCUAUCGACCCCGAGACAGUAUCGUCUGCCUGGUUAUCUUCCAUCGGGCAGUCCUUACUCGCUCAUCUAACGUCGGAUGUCCUCCCUCAAAUUAAACGACUAACUACCACUGGCACCGCUCAACUAUCAUCUGAUUUGAGUUAUUUGUCGAACGUUGCUCGGUCACUGAACCUGGAACAUGGCCAGUUAGAGAAGUGGAAGGAAUAUGUGGAAAUGGAUGAUGUUACCGGGCUGUCCAAGAUUAGCAGCAUGGGCACGAGUGAUAGUGACUAUGUUUUGGAGCAGGUUGCCAGGAUGCGAGGAUGGCAUUAAGAAGUUGGAAGGGAGUAGUCUUGUGUCGUGGGCCACGUAAUUCAUUUUUACUGAACAGGUGUCCUGGGACCUUCCGGAGCAUGACAGCGAAGAAAACUCAUCAGCACUACGAUUAUCGAAAAAGUAGGUAACGGAGUAGCAUGACGUUCGAGUCAUGUUGCUUGUUCCAGAGAGGCAUGAACACAACAUGGACAACUCGUGUAGAUUCAGAGUAAUGAGGUAUAUUGUACUGAAUGAACCGAGCAAU